CAGACGGACGCAAGUGUAUUUCCUGUGGCUAGCAUGCUAACUUUUCCCGUUAUGUGUCAUGUCGUUAUUGUAAGAUUCAGUCUGAAUGAAGCAGAAUUGUCUGUUUGUCUGGAUAAACUUGUUGAAGCGGACUUUGUGUAAACUUUCGGAUGUUUUAGCUCAGACUCAUCUCCUGUUAGCCAACAAUGCUAAAGGAAGGUAGCGUAGCUUGCUAGCAGGAAAUAGACGGAGCUCGGCCUCACGGUGCUAGUCGGAGUAGCUUCGACAGAGACCAAACUGUAUUUUUCACGGAGCCCAAAUGUCCAGAUAGAGCUGUGUGAAUAGACUCUGUGCUGUUCCCUUUAUUUGACGCUGUUUUCCAUCUGAACGAUCUGCUGCUGUCCGACGAAGCUAAUGAAGCUAACUUAGCCUGCUAGCCGGAAAUAGACGGAGCCGAGCGUCAUUUAAUCAUCAGAGAGAACAAACAGUUUCUAACGGAGUGAGUCUGGAGGAAAAGCUGCUGUGAAUCAGUCAAAAUGUCUAAAGUCCAAACGCUGAGAGCUUUUGUGAAGCAGCGACUAACUGCGGCUGCUGAAGAGAUAUUUGAGCAGUUUGAAAGAACGAUAGCAGAGUACGAGGAGGAAGUUUGUCGACAACAGAAACUACUGGACGCUGUUUUCAAGCCUGAAGUCCGGUUACACAGAGCAGACGUCCAGCUGCUGUUGGGGAGGAAAGAAGAGGAUCCUCCUGAGCAGCAGGACUGGAGAUCCAGUCUGGACCAGGAGGACCCAGCAGAGCCGCCUCACAUUAAAGAGGAACAGGAGGAGCUGUGGACCAGUCAGGAAGGAGAGCAGCUGGGAGGUCUGGAGGAGGCUGAUAUCACCAAGUUCACGUCCCCUCCUGUCCCUGUGAAGAGUGAAGAAGAGGAUGAAGAGGAACCUCAGUCCUCACAGCUUCAUCAGAGACAAACUGAACAGAUGAAAACAGAAUCUGAUGGAGAGGACUGUGGAGGACCAGAACCAGCCAGGACCUCAGAUCCAGAUACACAUUUACAACCAGAGACUGAUGACAGUUGUGAUUGGGAGGAGACCAGAGAACCUCAGUCAGGUUUAAACCCUCUACAGAACAAUGAAGUACCUGUCAGUGAUGUUAAAUGUAAAACUGGAAAAACUUCAGUUAGCUCCUCUGGAUGUACUUCAAGCUCUGACCACAAGGGGCGUCUGCAGAAACAUAUUGGAAUCCAAACAGAAGUGAAACCAUUGAGUUGCCCAAUUUGUGGUAAAAGAUACAACCUGAAGAACUCCUUCACGUCUCACAUGAGACUUCAUUCAGAAGGAAAAUGUUUCAGCUGCUCAGUUUGUAAGAAAACUUUUCAACAGAGAGUUCAUGUUCUGAGGCACAUGAGGAUCCACACUGGAGAGAAACCCUUCAGUUGUUCUGUCUGUGGGAGGAGAUUCACACAAAGGUCAAAUUUGACCCGACACUUGAGAGUUCACACAGGAGAAAAACCUUUCAUCUGCUCAGUGUGUAAAGCCAGCUUCAGUCUCAGAAGCUCUUUGUCCAAACACAUAUUAAUGCACACGGGCGUGAAACCGUUCAGCUGUUCAGUUUGUGGUCAAAGAUUUACACGAAAGGAAAGUAUGAGACGACACUUGGCUGUCCACAGAGGAGAAACCAUUUAGUUGCAGCAUUUGUGAUAAAAGAUUCACUCAGUUCCCUUCGUUAAAAAGUCCCCAGUGUGUCAGUGAGAGCAGCAGAAAUCAAUGAAGCUGCAGAGAUGUUUGUUGAACCAGUUUCUUCCAGCAGGACUGAAGCACCGAGGACAAGACGGCUCAACACUGAUCAGUUCAGGACUGAGAUCAUCUCUGAUCCCCGUGACUGUUUUAAUUCUGGUUUUAUUUGUGUUGAUCGUGAUUUGCAGUUGUUCACCUCCUGUGCUCUUUGGUAUUAUGUGUUAUAUGUAAUCAAUUUGAAAGUGAUUACAAUUGUAAAAAGUAUUUAACGUCACCUGUGCAGCACUGUGAUCAACUUUUGUUUUAAAAUGUGAUUUAUGAGUGAAAUGACUUGACUUACCUCCUAAUAACAGUUUAUUUAUAUUUGAUUGGACUCUCCUGGUCUGGAUUGAUCUCAUUUUGUGUCAAACAUGAACCGUUGACUCAUAAAGUGCUCAGAGUGUAUUCGUCUCAUUUCAGUCAAAUCACAAAUCUUCAGACGAACUGUUGUCUUUAAAGCAGUGGUUCAGAUUUUUAAAGCCUGUUUCCGUCCAGCACUCAGAUGUCCUGUGUCUGUCCUCUCCUGAUUCCUCUCCACUCUCUCUGAUGUAUGUCACAGCAGGAAUAAUUAGUGUCAGGAUCAGAAAAAGACCCAGAGUCUGUCUGUCCUCUCCUGUGUGAGGCCCUGUCCUUCAGCUCACCCUCGGCCUGAGACCCAAGACUUGGCCCGCAUGAACACUGAAUGCCACUAAAGCUGCAGGACACUGCCGGCGGACCUCACAGUCGCCCUGCCGUCAUCCUUCACUGCAAGCCUCAAAGUCCUGUCCUGUCCUGUGAUUGUCAGGUUCGAGAACAGUUCCAAUUAAAAUAACUGGUCUGGAGUUAUUGGAUGGUUUACUUGUUUCUACUUUGGUAGAACUUGGCUAGCAGUUUCCCCUUGCUUCCAGUCUUUAUGCUAAGCCAGGCUGAACAUGUUGACCAUCCUGACCUGGAACUAGUUGUUCCGCAGGAUGUGGAAUGAGACCUUGUUUUUGACAUCACUGAGUUGAUGUCCAGGCAGUGUUUACUCUGUGAAGCAAACAGUUUGUUUAUUGAACAUAAAAGGUUGCAAAUGUAAGCACAAUUUGAUGAAGAGGAACCUCAGUCCUCAAAGAAGCUGAUAGAAAGGACUGUGGAGGACCAGAACCAACCAGGACCUCAUAUCCAGAUACACAUUUUCAACCAGAUACUGAUGACAGGACAUCAGAGGACCCUGUCCUCUGAAUCAGAGACUGAUGACAGUUGUGAUUGGGAGGAGACCAGAGAGCCUCAGUCUGGUUUAAACCCUCGACAGAACAAUGAAGUACCUGUCAGUGAUGUUAAAUGUAAAACUGGAAAAACUUCAGUUCGCUCCUCUGGAUGUACUUCAAGCUCUGACCACAAGGGGCGUCUGCAGAGACGCAGUGGAAACCAAACAGGAGAGAAACCAUUUCAUUGCUCGGUUUGUGGUAAAAGAUGCAACCUGAAAAAAUCUUUAACGACUCACAUGAGACCUCAUUCAAAUGU